AUAUUUAUUUAUUUUUUUAGUUCUCGGCGGACACAACAUCUUUGUUGGUAUGUGGUGCUGAGGAUUGAACCCGGGCCGCACGCAUGCCAGGCGAGCACGCUACCGCUUGAGCCACAUCCCCAGCCCUGCACAUUUUAUUUUGAAAGAAGUUUAUUCUGACCUGGCUGCCUGGCAUGACCUGCCGGCCUGAACAGACCAUGCACAUCAAGCUGCUCUGGACACAGAGAGAGAGAGACCUACUCAGAGCCUCUUCUCCAGGAAACAGCCAAAGAAGUGAAAAGGUCUAGGUGAAUGGCUAUGUGAUUCAUGGGGUGCUGGCCUGGACCCUUGGAGGAGUGGCACAUAGCCAAAUGCACUGGGGUGCCGUGCAGUGGACUGGAUUCAUAACCAGGAGGUUGCUGUCAUAUUGGACAGGUGUGGUGAGGCAGAAGGCAGUUUGCCCUGAGUCAGGAAGGGUCUUUCUAGAAACUGACUGGGAGGGGAGACUGUAAAGAGUGCUGGCAGAGCUGAGGCUUCCAUUGGAGGCCAGAGGAGCUGGGGAAGAUCUUGGGAUCAGUUCCUAGGAGGCCAGGGCUGUUCACCAACGCUCAGAGGUGACUCUGAAGCCCUGCAUUACCAACUCCAGAUUUAGAGAAUCUCCAAAAUUUUGGAGAUAGAGAUUGAGCGAAUUAGCAUUGUAGGAUCUUAUGAUCCCUGAUCAAGGGAAUUUGUAGGAUUCUAGGCUUAGUGCAGUAGGUUUUUUUGAAUCAUGGACAGUAUUAGCGUGGAAACACCCAGAACCGGUUGGAAAGCCCCUGAGAUCCAUGAUCAGCGGCCCCAGGUUCCUAGGGAGCCCCCUGCCCUCAAGGCCUCUCCUCGAAGGGGUUGGGCUGGCAGUACUAGGGCCAAGGGCUUCUGGCACAGCAGAUAUGAUAGCAGGGGAGGAGGGGAAGAGGAAGGAGGAGAGGCGAUCACGGAAAGUGCGGCUGGGCAGGCAGGACUGGCGUGCGGUCAUGACCCGAGCUUCAGGGUGUACCUACUGCCACCUUCUCCCCUUGCUCCUGCUGCUGCUCACCGCCUUACUCAUGGCCGCGCCCUUCAACCAGGUGCCCGGCAAACAGGAAGUGGACCACGAGUCCUGGGAGCGGUCCUCAGAGCUCUGGGCCCCACAGGACGCCGACUUGCAGCUGAUCCGCAGCCGGCCCUCGGGUCCUGCAAGGCCCUACAGCUUGUCGCGGGCGGUUGGCGACUACCAGUACGCGCCCAAGCCGAAACGCAGGCGCCCGGAUCGGCUGCCGAGUCUGCUGGGCGCCUCCUACGAUCCCUUCUGGAUGACGGAGGAGGAGCCUCACCGUGGCCGACACCCGGAGGGGCGGAUGGGCACGCUGAGCCGCGAGCUGGCCCACAGCAUGGAGCGCUACCGCGGCCAGCUGGCCCGGGAGGUCGCCAAGCUGCAGCUGCCCGCAUUGCCGGCCCGGGAGCCCAACACCAGCAGCGGCGCCUGGGAGCUGCGGGAGGCUGCGAGCAUUCUGCACCACUGGCUGGUGGACCUCGCUUCCUGUGGCCUCACCUCAACUUGGGUAGAUCUGGGACCCGUUUUCUGGCCGCGCUGGGUCCGCCACACCGACUGCGAUGCGUCGCCUCCCGCUUGUUCCUGGCCGCCUGGCAUGACCUGCCGGCCUGCACAGACCAUGCACAUCAAGCUGCUGGCCUGGCACUGCUGGUUGAGGCCCAGGCUGCCACCAGGUCAGGCACACUCUCUGCAGCAGUGCGCAUCCCAGGUGCUUUACCUGGUAGUAGCGGCCUGCAAGUGUUCCUGCCGCUGAUGUGGCCACACCUGCCGGCCAUGCCGCCUGAUCCCCUUGGGCAUCAUGACCUCCUGCACGACUGCAGCCGCUUGGCCCCAAGCUCCUCCCCAUCGUAGGCUACAAUGCCCCAAUCUCAACUUUAAGCACCCUCAGGAUCCAGCCAGAGCUCCCCCAGGGCUGGAGGUGCCAGAGAGUUAAUGACAAAGAGCCUUUCCUCCCAUGUGACACACCAGGCAAACUAUGAGCUUUCCAAGGCCACGCCACGCUGGAGCUGGAGCUGCACUGACUCAGAACUCAGUCCCCACCCCCACCAGCACCAGGAGCCUGAGCCCAAUGCAGGCACUCCCCUCAUCCUGUGACGCCUGUAGGACCAGGGGCAGACCAGGGGCAGCGACUGUGGCAAAGAGGCUGGCACCACCAAUAGGGGAGCGGCGAGUUGUUUGAGGCGGGGAAGGGAGGAUGGGGCCUUGGAGCCACAGAUCGUCCCUCCAGGCCUUGCUUGUGGCCGCCGAAAUCACCGCAGUCCAAGGCCACCAGUCUGAAGUGGGCGGGGCAGACGGCAACCGUGCAGCGACCCAAGCCUGAAAUAGCUGCGCCCUCUGGCGGCUGAUCAUCAGGCAGUAGGCCUGGGAAGGAGCGCAGUGGAAGAGCCUAGAUCACAAUGUAACAGCCGCUCUGUACAGUAGGGCAAACUGGGACACACAGGAAAUGGGGCUUGCCCCAGGUCAUGGAGUCAGGGACAAAGUGGUCUGGAACACAGCAUUCCAGAUUGUCAGGGGCUUCUCAGUAGUGAGUCACAUUCUUUUCUUUAGGGCCUAAAUGCCCUACCUCUCCUCCCAAACGUGGUUUUGGGCACGCCAUCUCUUCUUAUCUGGGUACUAGAGGAUAUUCUUUGGAUGGGGCGCAGAGGACAAGGUGUCCACCAACCCUAGACUUGGGGGGCUGCAGAACAGGGUGAGUGGCAUGGGAGGGGGUACGCAGGGCUGGUUCCCAGCAUAACAUAGCAUCACAGAAUGCAGCUGAGCCAACAUGGCCCCUGCUUAUCUCCCAGACACUCCUUUCUGUCUUCAUUUGGAGAGGAGGUCAGCCCUGGGAGGGACAGUCCUCUUGCAGGAGGCUUCCUUGCAAUCCUGGCUCCUGUCUACCCUACCACCGGACUGGGCCCCACAGAGAAUAAAGCAGACCGGAGUCACA